AUGCCUGCCAGACGCAGACCUGCUGAAUCGCAAGGCUCUCCGAGUACUAAUACACAAGACAGUACUUACGCUUCACCUCGCAGCACGAGAAGUAAAAGUAAUUCACGCAAAAAUGGUAUCAAUAAUAAUGAUAACGGAGGUGUUCCUUACAUUAGCUCCCCAAAAUAUACGGCGUAUCUAAGAGAACGCAAUUUGGAUUUUUCGAGAGAAGAAGCUUUUCUUCGAGCGAUGCAGCAAUCUGAUUUUUGGCCGGGUGCAUUAACGCCACCCGCUGAACCUUCAUAUCCGUCUUACUACCCGGACGAAGAAGGCGACACAAAUCUACCUGAAUCAAUUAUACCUGGAAUUGAUAGUAAUGUAAUUAACACUCGUGAAAUCAUUAAUACAAAUGGCAAUGGGCCUAAUGUCAGUACACGUUGGAAUCCAUUAAAGCCUUUGAUAAACUUUUUAGUUGGUUCACUUGCAUUCUUACUCAAUGCUAUUGGAUCAGCUUUCUUUUACUUAUACUGGUUCUUUAGAGAAACCCCAAAUUUUAUUUGGAAAAACUUAACUGAAGAUGAAAAUGGUCCUUUCAUAGAAACAAUAGUUGGAAUUGAUCGCAAUGUACCAUCUACAACUCCUAAUUAUAUUGUUAUUGCUAUUACUAACGUCUUGCUUGUAAACCGGCUGAUUACUUUUGCACCUCCAGAAUACAGAGCGAAAUCUGGCCUAUUUAACUUAUCUUGUGAAAACACUAAAAGUUCUUCCGAAACAACCUUUCGUGCUUCCUUAC